CUGUUCCGCGCCGUAUCGCCACGUUCCAUACGGGGGCGGUUUGGCUGAAGAGUGUGUCUGUACCCGGCUAGAGAAAAGAAAGUCGAUGGAAACUGGGCCGUUAUCCUGUACAGGGGAAGCGAAAAGUAGCAGAAAACGGCGCCCGAGGAGCGGGAGAUGCACUAGCUCCCUUUUCAGGGCUGAAGACGUCCGAUAUCGAGAUCACAGUUGAGAUACGACACUCAUAGGCACCAAAAAACGCUGCAGGGAGUAGGAGCCACUCGGCAGUACAUGGUCUUAGGCGAGAAGGAUUUCGCCAGCUAAAGGGGCUACACGUGGUGAUAUGCCUUCGCACCGUUGCAGAAAAUGCCUCACAGUGGAUGGUUCGGGAGGCGGCUGUUUCGUCUCAUAGCGUGUUCCCGUGCCAAAGCCAAGGGCAUCAAGAUCACCAGAAGAGACUUGAAGAUUUUCAUCCCUGCCUUUCUAGCCCUGUUCUCCAGUGCAUACUCCAUCACAAUGCUGUUUCCAUUCCUGCCAUUCAUGGUCCAGUUCCUACUGCCUCAGGUAGAGGAGGAGAACAUCGAUGCGGUGGUUCGGGAGUUCCUGACGCGGUUCCCGUACAGUCUCCCAUGUCUGGUGAACCUCCUCCUCUCUCUCCUGGCCGGCACCGUGGUGGCCGUCUGGAUGCCCGAGACACUCUGCUCAAAGACGUCAAAGGAGUCAAGAUCAGGUGGUAGUGAUGCCGGUAGCAGUGUGUCAGAAGAUCAGCAGCAGUUACUGGAACUCUCAGAGAGAGAAUCAUCAUCAAACACCCAGCUCAACGAGACUGCACCUAGUCCAGAGAACUCCACAGCAGAACUCCUGGAAACCGAGACUAUAAAUACUGCGACCAAUGAUGGCAGUUUCGUAUUAGUCAGUUCUGAGGGAAAGAGUAGUGGGCUCCAAUUGGAAGAGGAGUCCAGUGCGAGGAAGAGCAGUGGUAGUGGUACUAGUGCAAAGAGAUACAGUUCGCUACAUACCAGCCGACAGCGCCUCGUGUUUGAGGAACAAGAGGAAGAGGAAAAAGAGGAGGAAGAAGACCAGCAAGUUGAGGGAGGGAGGGGAGAGGAGAGGGAAGGAGUGAGGGAGGAGGGGGAGAGGGACGAACGAAGGAAGGUAAGUGGAGAGGAGCCCACCACCCUGGUUCAAAGGGUAGGCCAAAGUUUCAAGAGGACUCUGCAAAACCUGAAGCUCUUUCUCACGAGUCGAGGCACACUGCUGUCAGUGAUGAUCUACUGCACCUUCUCCUUUGCCAUGAUUGGGUUUGACGAGGUCUUCUCAUUAUGGGCUGCAGCUGCUUCAAGUCUAGGUGGGUUGGGGUGGACGCUGCACGAGAUAGGGAUAUCACAGGCAGUCAGUGGAGCCCUCUUCCUUCCCUUCUCCUUCACCCUCUUCCCUGUGUUGGAGAGAAGGUUUGGACUGACUGCAGUCUACCAGAUGAGUGCCAUCUCUGGACUUGUCUGCAUGGUUCUACUGCCCAUGGCUCACACCAUCCCUCCCAACACCCUAAACCCUCUCCGAUGGUGCUACAUCAUUCUGGUGUUGUUUGUGAUUAAUUUGGCCACCGGAAACACCUUUGUUGCAAUGGCUCUCUUUAUCAACAACUCUGUGGUCUUUGAGAAACUGGGAGAGGUGAACGGACUUGCUAAUUCUCUCACCUCCUUACUCAGAACGAUAUCUCCAGUGUUCUCGGGCACCAUAUUCUCCCUCUCGAUAUCUCGUGGAGCUCGCCAUGUCGGGUUCCCGGUCAACUACUACCUCAUAUUCCUCAUCUUUGGUCUCACCAUUCUACUGUGUACAAUCCUCGGUGCCGGCCUGCCUCCCUCCAUCAACAGACAGAUGGGUGACUCUCUGUCAAUCAGUGGAAAUGAGAGUCCCUCCAUAUCAAUUAGAACGACCGACGAAGACACUGGUAGCUCUAGUAGUGGAACAAGUAGUGGACCGGAAACUAGCGUCUGAUAUUCACGACCUAAACAUCAUAAUGUACAAGGGCAUCAGGCAAAACUGUAUCAAAUGAAAAGCACCGAAGUGCAAACCC